CCGGGUUGUUCCCCACUCGGAAGCCGCGCGCCGCCGCCGCCGCCACCGCUGCGUUAUUACGGCGUCAGGAAGGCAGCAGCAUGUCUGUCCUCCUGGAUAAUCAAUUCAAAGAGCUGCCCCCGGACAAGUCGGUAGACACAAAGACGUUCCUGGACACCGUGUCUCACCUCCCUGCCUUCUUCGACUGCUUGGGAUCAAAAGCGUUCUCAGCCAUAAAGUCAGACAUUAAUGGAAACAUAACGAAAAUUAAAGCGGUGUACGUGAAGGAUCCCGCAAAGUACGUGACCCUGCAGGACAUCCUGGAGGCAGAGAGGGCGGAAUAUGCCUCUGAAUGGCCUAAAGUCGGUGCAACGUUAGCUCUGAUGUGGCUGAAGAGGGGUCUCCGUUUCAUACAGAUACUGCUGCAGAGUUUGGCAGAUGGAGAAAAAGAUGAGAACAAUCCCAACCUAAUCAAGGUCAAUGUCACCAAAGCCUAUGAGCAAGCUCUGAAGAGAUACCACGGCUGGAUGGUCCAAAGGAUUUUCAGUGCUGUGUUAUUUGCAGCCCCUUACAGAUCAAAUUUCCUCAAAGCUCUGUCGAAAGGAGAAGAAGUGAAGGAGGAAGAGUGUCUGGCAAACAUUCGUCACUUCCUGGUCAACUACACCCCGACUGUAGACGCCAUCUAUGAGAUGUACAUGAAUCUGAACGCCGAGCUGGACUACACCGUUUGAUGUCCUGAUUCCUCAUCCAGAAGCAGUUUAUUUUCAGUGUGAUAUUUAUUAACUUGGUUCUUAUGCCUUACACGCUAUUACAGUCUUCUUAAAGAUAUGCAAUGUUUUAAUUUAAACUAUACUAAAUGAUGAGGUGUUUAGUUGUUUUUAUGUUGAAGUAAUUGCGGGAUUUUGUUACAGCAUCGCUGUGCUGCUCUCACUCUCUGGAAGGAUAUUGUUAUUCUGUGCUGCUUUGUUGUCAGGUGAAUUCUGCCUGUUGCACCAAGAGAACAUUCCGGUUUAUUUUCCCAUGUCUAUUCACUUUUGUCUCCUGAGAUCCGCUGUGUUUUUUUUUUUUUUUUUUUUUUCCCCCCACUGUUACACUGCUAGCAGUGGCCCCAGCUGUUUAUUUAUUGCAUUUUAACAGCUCAUUACAGUUACAAUGUAUUUUAUUAUCUUGAUUUCACAGAGUGCCUUGUUGUUGAAUAAAUGCACAAUAUUUUACUGGUAAACUGCA